GCUGUGAAGCUGUGAAGCUGCGAAGCUGCCAAGUUUUCCCAGUGAGCGGAGACUGUCUGUGGCGUCAGUUGCUUUUCCAGCCUCGGCAUGGAACGUUGGCAUAAUCGGGUGGCCGUGGUGACCGGCGCCAGUUCGGGUAUUGGCGCGGAGUUGGCCAGAAAACUGAUCGCCGCUGGUGUGGUGGUGGUGGCGCUGGCCCGACGCCUCGAUCGCCUGCAGCAGCUGUCCCAAGAGCUGGGCCCGCAGCUGCACAUCCGACAGUGCGAUGUCACGGACGUGGACUCGGUGAAUGCCGCCUUCGACUGGAUCGAGGAGCGGCUGGGCGGCGCUGACAUACUGAUCAAUAAUGCCGGCAAGCUGUCGGGCGGCCAGCUGCUGACCAUGUCCUUGGACACAGUCCAGCAGGUGCUGCAGACGAACAUCAUGGGCGUGGUCUACUGCACACAGCACGCCUUCCACUCGAUGCGCCAGCGCCAGGCGCCCGGCCAUGUGGUGCUGCUGAACAGCGUCGUGGGGCACUAUCUGUUCAACUCGCUGCCGGGCAGCCAGCAGGAGCUGAACAUCUAUCCUGCCACCAAGCACGCGGUGACAGCCCUCACAGAGCUCUUUCGCCAGGAGAUGCGGGAGUUCAAGACCCAAGUGAAAGUUACGAGCAUCAGCCCAGGCCUGGUGGACACGGAGAUGGUGCCGGAGGCCUACAAAUGCCUGCCCAUGCUGCAGGCCGAGGAUGUGGCCAAUGCCAUCAUGUACGCCUUGGCGACCCCACCUCAUGUGCAGGUGCACGAGCUGACCAUCAAGCCCCUGGGCGAGCCAUUUUAACUGACAUCCGCAUACCGCAUACCGUUGAACUUUGCACUUUGCAUACAUUAGACACAUGCACAUACCCAAACAUGCAUAGACACACAUUUAUAUGGUUAUGGGUAGACACAUACACACACACAUAUGUAUAUCCACUCCUCCGCUCCACUUUUUGCAUAAUUUAAAGGCUCUGCCCAGGGCGCUUGUUCGGGUCUAAGGGCACCUUUUGGUGUGUGCGGAUAAGCAGCGUUCUCUUUGAUCAAGAUCAAGCUAAACCAUCGACUAUUAACUAUCAACUAACAUUUUUUUAUAAGCAACUUAAAUAUUUCAAUACGAUACUCAAUGUUCUUCGGUGAUUUGGGGAUAAUUAUUGGUAUAAAAUAUUAUUAGUGGGAAUUAUUCGAAAUCAACAGAGAGCAAAUUGUGAUUAUAUUUGUAUACUUUGAGCCUUA